AUGAGCUACGCUGCAAACACAUUGAUCGUCUACGCUAAGGGUGUUGUCCACUCGCCUCCCAGCACUGGUGGUGCCAUCGGCGUGGUAUUCGAGGGCACGUACUGUAUCAAGAACUUUUCAGAGGAAAUAUUUGAUGCAGCUGGCGAUAUGACCGAGACCAGAGCUGCCUACUGGGCCAUCUUGCGCGCUUUGGAAAAGUCGCCCUCGUUCGAUCUUCGGACGCUCGGCCGCGAGAUCCAUAUCCUCACCGAAAAUGAGCUAUGCGCUACGACGCUAACGCUGUGCAAGCUCAAGGGAAACAGUAAGGAGGGAAGCUUCCUAAGCUCCAGGCCCUCGGACGACGACAUGAUCAGGCGCAUCAUUCACCUGCUCAAUAUUCGCUCAUCGGACGUCGUAUACUUCGAUUACCUGGACUCCAAGCGUCCGCGAGAGGCCAGUCGUGCAACAGAGCGAGUUCUCCUGGCCAACCAGGCGCUGCAGCAGACCAACGGCAAGGACGUUGAGCAGUCUGGCAAGUCCGAGAGCAGGGUGGAGCGCCUCAGCAUCCAGAGCGAGUCCAUCGAAGACGGGCAAGUCGCGCAGAAAUAG